CAAAUUUCUGACACUAGUCAGCACAGUGCAACUGCAGAACUGUCAUACAGAAGGGUAUUAGAAGAUAUUUUACUUGACAUCAGUACUGUAUUUUGAGACAUGGGCUCGGGGGAGAGUACAACCAGAAAAGUGUCUUUUGGUGUGGACGAGGAGGACAGAGUCAGGAUCCUUCGUGGAGUCAAGCUUUCAGAAGAUGUUCUUCAGAGAAUGAGAGGAGUAGCCAACAUUCCUCCAGAACGCACACCAUCACCCACCCCAACCAGUCUUCAAAAAGAGACAGGUUCUUCUCCCAGUCGCACUCCCAGCCCCCAACCCCCGCAGAGCCCACAGGCCCGAGCCCCAACCAGCACCAAAACCAGCACCAGUAAACCAACCACUAAUGCCAAGGAUGAGCAGAAGAGGUAUGAGCGCCAGCAGGCAAUAUUGAAGGAGGAGCUGACCAAGGUGGCUCGAAGAGAGAGGGAGGCAGCAAAAGAGCAAAUGACCAGAGUCCUGAGCCGAGAGAAAGAUCACACACGCCAGGAGGUUGAGAAGGCGAAACAGCUGGCUCAGCGGCUGCAGAAGAAAGAUGUAGAGCUGAAAGCGUUGGAUGCCUUCUAUAAGGAGCAGUUGGCACAGCUGGAGAAGAGGAAUAUGGAACGAUUCAAAGAAAGCAAAGAGCAGUUCCACGAAGCAGCCUCCAAGACCGAAGUAAAUGUUAGGCCUCGCAAUACAGAGCCGGUGUGUCCUGGUCUGCAGGCUCAGAUUUUAUCCUGUUAUAGGGAGAACAGAUCGGAGACCCUGCGCUGUUCAGACCUGGCCAAAGAGUACAUUCAGUGUAUCGAUGCUGCAAAGAAGAGCCUGCUGGUCAACCAUGGAUGAUCAAAGGGGAGAAGAGGGUAAAGCGACUUACUAGAUGGAUGUUUUCAGACUGGCAAGAGGACCAGCGUUUGUUGCAUUCCUGUUUUGGCCUGGAUUUGGUACAUAUAGUAGGAGCAGAGAGAGCUGAUAUGCUUUUAGCACACCUUUUUAUUGUCUUUUUUUUUUUUUUAUAUAUAUAUAUUUAAACAUGGUAUCUUCAUUUGAAGUUACACUACUAUGCCACAUAGCUACAUUCUGCAGGUAAGCUUUUUUUUUUUUUUUAAAGAAAGGAAUAAGUGUGUUUAAUUCAGGGUCCGGGUCAAUAUGCUUUCAAUUUUGUCUUUAAGGACAACAGAAUCUAUUCCUUUGAUUUGAAGUGGUAAGAUUCAUUCAAAGUCAUUCCUCCACAGACUUGAGAGAUUCAGUUCCUGUCCAAAUCUUUGCGGUUUUUCGAUGACUGAAAACAGAGUAAACCUAUUUCUCAUGAAGGCUGAAUUGACAGUGUAUCGACAUUGCCCUUGUUUUGAUCUCUGACUGAAAAAAAAAAAAAAAUCUGAUUGAGUUUUAUCGAUUUGAGUUUUAUGGUUUUGUAUUUUUUAACAACACAGGAUUGAACUCAGGUAAUCCUCGCCAACUCUUUGAUUCAUCAGAGCUGUUAUUAUUAUUAUAUGAUUUUAUUAAAACAUUCAUACGCUGGUAA